AUGUGUAUACUUGCAGAUUGCCGCUGCGUGACGUUCGACGAGACGUUCGGCAAGGAGUACGGCGUCUUCACGUCCCCCAACUAUCCGGUCCCGUACGAGGAAAACAUCGAAUGCGUGCUCUUUCGCUUCGUCGGCACGCCGGACCAGAUCGUUCGCAUCUCUUUCGAAGAGUUCGACGUGCAACGAAGCAAUCUUGAGUGUGUGUAUGGGGACUACGUGAAGCUGUUCCUACACCUAGACGGCGAGGAGUCCGUGAACAGCCGCAGCCCGUACAACUCAAUUCUGUGCGGCAAGAUCGGGGACAUCGAGAUGACCCACUACUCGUCGGGCCACGCGCUCAUCUUUGAGUUCCACUCGGACUGGCGCCAGGGAAACAACUCGGGGUUCCGGGGAACCUACAGGUUUCUCAGCAAAAAGCAAUUCGAGACGGACGGCUUCCCCGUGGCGGACUCCCGGUGCAGCUACCUCAUGGAGAGCGCCAACCGGACCUCGGGCCGCUUCUUCUCCCCCCAGUACCCGAGCUCGUACCCGAGGGACGUCAAGUGCGCUUACCGAUUCCUCGGCAAGGAGAACGAGCGCGUCAAGGUGCUCUUCGAGCAGGUCCGACUCCAGCGGGGAGACUUCAGCUGUUUCAACAGUCCGGACGUGAUCCUGGUGCACGACGGCCGAGACGGCAGCUCUCCGGUCAUCGGCCAGCUGUGCAACCGCAACGUUUGGGUGGAGAUGAUGUCCACGGGGCCGGACCUGUACAUCACCUUCAGUUCGCAGAGCCACUUCCCCGGGAGGGGCUUCAUGGCCAAGUACACCUUCUCCGAGGCGCCUUACAACGGUUCCCUCGACCAGCUCGUGUCCAUAGAACCCCAAAAGAACCACGACGGCGUCUACUUCAACAGACAAGGCAACGGCAGCUGCGACCACGUGAUCAUGAGCAACAGCUCCAAGAACGGGACGAUCACGAGCCCGCUGUACCCGAACCCGUACCCGGAAAACGCCCGCUGCAACUACCACUUCCAGGGCGAGGGCAAGGAGCGUGUCCAGAUCAAGUUCACGGACUUCGACCUCUACAUGCCGCACGAGGGCAUCAAGGAGUGCGAAAACGUGGACUCCGUGAUCGGCUUCAUCACAAUCAAGGGCCAGCGCGAGCGGCUGGACAACUUCUGCGGGUCCCACCUGCCCAACCAGAUCAUGUCCAACGAGCACCGCAUGACGGUCAUCUUCCAGAGCUUCGGCAACAGGCCGCCCAGUGUCAAGGGCUUCCGGGCCAUCUACCAGUUCGUCACCAAUUUUGGCAUUCCUUCAGGUCGCCAGGAUCCUCAGGGAGUGUGCACCUUCAUCUACAACAGCUCUGAGGUGUCGAACGGGACCUUCUCGACGCCCAACUACCCGGGCGUGUACCCGCGAGACACCGAGUGCCACUACCUGUUCUACGGGAAGAGCAACGAGAAGAUCUACAUCGAGUUCGCCUACUUCGAUGUCGAAGGCGUGCCACCGUGUCUGUCGGACACGGCCAGCGACUACGUGGAGUUCUCCAACUUCCGCACGGUGGACCGGAAAAUCCCGCGGCACUGCGGCAACCUGCGCCCGACCAAGAUAGAGUCUGACGCAGACUUCUUCCGAGUUGCCUUCAAGUCGAACGACAAGUUCGACGGCACAGGCUUCGAGGCCUUCUACCAGUUCAGGAACAACCCGGAUCCAUUCACGGUCCGGCAAGUCUCGGCUGUACAGAAUAAGCAAGAGGGACUAAGCUCGUCAACUCUAACAACUGUGCUCGCACUCAUCCUGAUGUUCCUGAUUGGCCAAUAGGAUGCUUCGCCCGGCACAGGCUGUGCCAGGACUCAUUUUCAUCCUACUCCACCUUCAAGCACUCUGCGAUCAGACUCUAGGUGCUCAAUUGCGCAGCGGGCCUGGCUCCGUGCCUGCGUAUAUUUUGUUGGUUUCUUCCGUGUGCGUGGAGGGUUUUCCAAAGACUGGUCGUACCCGCUCCUGUUGCAUUCUUUGCAUAUGUUUUGUCCCCUGCCUCGGGAUCAAGAGCUACUUGGAGUGGUCUCAAGUCGUAACCAUCCUCAAGAUCUUCGUAACCCGUGUACCGAGCUACAAGGUGGAAGGACCAGACGUCGGUGUUACCCUCAGCGUUCCUUGUACGAGGCCGUGGUCCCAAAACAGCCGGUGUGGUAAAGCGCCGUGACCCGUGAGAGUGGGAGACUCACACCUGUUUGAGGUUGGAAAAUGCUGAAGACGCAAUUGUACUCUCUCAUAAUUUGGAGCUGUACACAACAACAAAAAACAAUACAUGUUUGCUUCGGGUUUGUUGUGCCUGAAACAUGAAUUUACAUUCUCUCUUUUUGGGUGACCUUUUGUUGUUGAAGCUUACAUUGCACUACGUAGCAUGAUUGGAUUAUUUGUCCGGUAACUUACUUCAUGUGUUAAAAAAAAAUGUUAGACAUCAAACGCUGAAAGUAAGCACCAUUUUUUUUUUUACUUGAAUAAAAACUGGGAAUGAUUUGAAAAUAAACAAUAUUUCUAAGUUGAA